AUGGGGUCUCCAAUGGCCUCUCUCACUCUCACUACUCUUGCAUUAACCAUACUCUCUCUCACCUUCUCAUCUCCAUCAUUGGCUGACAAUUACAUCUACUCAUCUCCACCACCACCACCGUCGCCUUACUACUACCACUCUCCUCCACCACCAAAGCACUCACCUCCUCCUCCAUACUACUACCACUCUCCUCCACCUCCUAAACACUCACCUCCUCCUCCUUAUUACUACCACUCUCCACCUCCACCAAAGCAUUCACCCCCUCCUCCCUAUUACUACCACUCUCCACCUCCACCAAAGCACUCUCCUCCUCCUCCUUACUACUACCACUCUCCACCACCACCCAAGCACUCUCCACCCCCUCCUUACUACUACCACUCUCCACCACCUCCUAAACACUCACCUCCUCCUCCCUACUACUAUCACUCUCCACCACCACCACCAAAGACGCCAUACAAAUACUCAUCUCCUCCUCCUCCACCAUACAAGUACCCAUCUCCACCACCUCCAGUCUACAAGUACAACUCUCCUCCACCCCCAGUUUACAAGUACAAGUCUCCUCCUCCUCCCUACAAGUACCCAUCUCCUCCUCCUCCACCAUACAAGUACCCGUCACCACCACCUCCAGUCUACAAGUACAACUCACCUCCACCCCCAGUUUACAAGUAUAAGUCUCCUCCUCCACCUUACAAGUACCCAUCUCCUCCUCCUCCACCGUACAAAUACCCAUCUCCACCACCCCCAGUCUACAAGUACAACUCUCCCCCACCACCAGUUUACAAGUACAAGUCUCCUCCACCACCAGUUUACAAGUACAAGUCUCCUCCUCCUCCAUACAAGUACCCAUCUCCUCCACCUCCACCAUACAAGUACCCUUCUCCUCCACCACCAGUAUACAAAUACAAUUCUCCUCCUCCCCCAGUUUACAAGUACAAGUCUCCCCCUCCUCCCUACAAGUACCCAUCUCCUCCACCUCCCCCAUACAAGUACCCUUCUCCUCCACCACCAGUUUAUAAGUACAACUCUCCUCCUCCACCAGUUUACAAGUACAAAUCUCCACCACCACCGUACAAGUACCCUUCUCCCCCACCCCCACCAUACAAGUACCCGUCUCCACCACCCCCAGUCUACAAAUACAAAUCCCCUCCACCCCCAGUUUACAAGUAUAGCUCUCCUCCUCCUCCUGUCCAUUCACCACCUCCACCACACUACAUCUACGCAUCCCCCCCUCCUCCUCCAUACCACUAUUAG